AUGUUCCAGGAGCUUGCACCACAGGACCCACAUGACAAGUUUGGUCACCACUACGCUAUUUGCCUUGACCUGAAGAACCAACGUUUUGAGGUGCUUGAUUCAGUGCGUUCAGAAGCCAAUGCAGACCUUACUAUGCAUGCUGAAUACUUCAUCAACAACCUCAAAGAGACAUGGACCCAUCACUAUGAACACUCAAAGGUCCAGAUCAGACAUUUUCCAAUUGAGUACGUGGCGACUACGAAGCAAGGAAACCGGCACGACUGCGGCUUCCACAUGUUGGAAUACCUUGCAAAGUGGGAAGGUCGACGGGUUCCUGUCGUCACAGCUGCAAUGGUCGUCGAGCUCCGCAAAAUUUACACAUGGAACUGGUUGAUAAAUGAAGAUUUCAACAUGUGGUCCAACGCACGUGAGUUCAUAGAGGAAGCUAUGAAGAAAGCCGCCAAGAAGUACAAGUGA